UCAAGAGAACAGGAAACCCAAGUUGACGGGAAACCCAAGUGACAUUUGGUUUUAAUGAAUGACUUAAAACCCCAAUAUUGCUCGCCAGGAAAUGGGGAGAGGAAAUUCAGCGAUGUUUUGAGAGUAUAAAUUAGGGGCUCCAUCAAGGUGAAGGCUGCAGAUCUGCUUUUUACCCUCCUGUGAAAUUCAACCGAGAGCUGGACCAAGAGGCCAGCAGCUCAUCUUCACAGCAUGCAAACCUGCUCAGCCCUGGUCGUGCUGCUCCUGGCUGCCAGCGCCCUGCCUGCCAGGUGCUCGCCUGCCGAGCCCAGCUGCCUCCACUUCUCCGAACUGCUGCCUGCAAAGCUCAAAGAGCUGAGGAUCAAGUUUGAGGAAAUUAAGGAUUACUUUCAAUCAAAAGAUGAUGAACUUAGCACCCAGUUGCUCAGCCCUGAACUGCUGAAUGAAUUUAAGGGGAUCUUCGGCUGCCAGACGAUGUCGGAGAUGAUGCGGUUCUACAUGGAGGAGGUCCUGCCCAGCGCCAUGAGGACCACCACGGACCAGCAGCAGAAAGUGGGCGACCUGGGCAACCUGCUGCUGAGCCUGAAGGCAACGAUGAAGCGCUGU